ACGUUAUAAAGCAGCCUCUUUACAACAGCCACCACAAGCUCUGACGGCACGCCAGCCUGCAGAACAACAACGGAGCAAUGAGUGGCGGGGUGUGGUUUCCUAGACUGGGGCUGGUGGCCUGGCUGUGUUUCCUCAGUCUGGGGCCGGCUCAGGGGGGGAAGGUGCUGGUUUUGCCUGUUGAUGGAAGUCACUGGCUUAGCAUGAAGAUACUGGUGAAAGAGCUCAACCAAAGGGGACAUGAGGUCUUGGUGUUGGUGCCUGACAGCAGCCUGUUGAUUCACAGCUCAGAGAGCUUCAAGACUGAGGUUUACCCGGUGUCCUUCUCACAGGCUGACCUGGACAGUGAAUUUGACCAAUUAACGGACGGACUUUUCGCCAAAUCACCACAGAUCCAUGACAUACUUCCUAAUGUGGAGCGUUUGGUUAGCUUUACUACGUUACAGGUGGAGGCUUGUGAGAGUUUGCUGAACAACCAGCCUCUCAUGAGCCGGCUCAGGAGCGGGGGCUUUGAUUUGGUGCUGACUGAUCCCUUCCUUCCCUGCGGCUCAGUCGUGUCUCAUCUCCUUUCCAUUCCAGCUGUUUAUUUCAUGAAUGGACUUCCAUGUGCGCUGGACUCCAAGGCUAUCCUGUGCCCCUCUCCUCUCUCGUACGUCCCUGUGGCCUUCUCAGGCAAUACAAACAUCAUGACCUUCCCACAGAGAGUCAAAAACGUGCUCAUGUCUUUUGUGGAGUCCUACAUGUGUAAGAAAAUCUACGGCCACUUUGAUGAUCUUGUCAGAAAACAUGUAAAGGAAAUGACGACUUACAAGGAGCUCAUCAGUCAUGGAGCUGUGUGGCUUCUGAGAUCUGACUUCACCACCACAUGGCCCAAACCCAUCAUGCCAAACGUGGUUUUUAUUGGCGGCAUCAACUGUGCAAAGAAAGCUCCUCUGCCAGCGGUGAGUACUCCCAUCUGUAACAUCUGUAAUCACUAAAGUCAAACUUGUUUUGUCCUUCGUCAGACUAAGAGCUCCUGCAUGUGCAAAAUGAACCCUGACCCCCAUUUUAGAAAAAACAUCUGAACUAACACCAAAGUAAAUCAUCGCUUUGGAAGGUGACUGACUUACAUUUAGCUUACUGCGUCCAGCUGAAGACCAAUGACCAAUAUAAAGACAGAGUGUGUUUGGAAGUGUGAGACCCAGGAGAGCGCUAACAGAGGUAAUCAAUAAUCAAUCAACAACUGGACAGUCAUGGUGAAUGAGCAGUGGAAUCAUAAAACCAGUAACUGUCAGUUUGAUUGGUCUGGUUUGCAGAUCUCUAACAAUGACACACAUUUCAGUCGGAUCAGCUGUGACUCAGAGCUCAGUGAAGAAGUCAGAUCAUCGUUUAAACGGUUAAUUUAACUGAAACAUGAAGAAGGAAAAGAUGUGUCUGCAUUUAUUUAAUGGUUUGGAAUUAAGCAGGUCUUCAUAUGUCUAGGUUGUUUUAAUUUGCUGUAUGCAUGCAUUACUCAGAAGUUAAUCAUUACCUUCAGACUGUUCAAAUUGCAGCAACUUUUAACCAGAACCAGAGAAUGUUUCCACAACACGCCUGCAGUAUGUAUUUUAGCAGAUCUACACCGGCCGUCAGUCGAUUUUAAGAUUUGAUUUUUAGCUUCUUUUUAUCACAUUUAAGGCUCAACAGGGACUCACCCGGUGGUGAUUGCUCUAAGACUGCAAGGGAAGCUCGGCUUCCCUUAAAAUGUCACCCCCCAAAAAAAGAAAAAGUGGUGAAAUACGUACGGCUGUGUGUACAUUCAUUAACUAAAUACGCACUAGAAAGCCUUCAUCUUUUGUUCAGACACUGUAGUAAGAAGCUGAUAAUCACAGGUAACCGGCAUAACUUCGUUCUCAUUCAUCCUCGCAGCGCCUCAGCGCUUUAAACAGCCGGACGCUGGGCUUCUGCUGACUUCAAUGUGGAAGCUCAAAGUGGGUUGUUCCAGCAGCGAAACUAGACGCUCAUUGGAUAAAUGCUGGGCUUUGUCCCGCCCAAUGGAAGCUAAGCUUCACUGGAGUUCUAUGGCGAGAGGGCGGUCCCGACUUUCUCCCGGACUCCAAGCUUCUGCAUCCAUGAUUGGAUGAGCUGUCUGAGGCGAAAUCCUUUUUUGAUUGACAGCUAAACAAGCGAAUCAGCGAUCUUUAAAGGGGACCUGCCACCAAAAUUUCAUCCCCAUUUUUAUCAAUUUUUCAUAAUCCUUGAUGUCCUCUGAUCAUGUUUGCAACAUAAUUUUAGCUGAGAAGUUAUUUGAUGGUUUGUUGUAGUAUGCCUAAAAAACCUUACAGGAAAACCAACUGGUUUUGGCUCAUUAACAUUUAUGGUAAUGAGCUUUGCUCUGAUUGGAUCGCUGCUGUGAAGCCUGCUGUGCUCUGAUUGGCUCAGCAGUGGAGGUUCGUAUUUCGGUUUAUCCAUUGUUAUUAUGCUAAUGCUAAUAGCAUAUGCUAAUGUGUGCUAAAGUAAGGUGCCCAGAUGUCUGCAAUGAUAUCCGGGGAUAUUCGGUGCGGCGGCUGCGGCGGUGCAGGGGCUGCAGGGUCUGUGUGAUCACAGACAAAGUCUCGGUACUAUUUAGUAGCAGCGCAUGCCCCUUGUAAUAACCCCCGUAAGAACUGUUGUUCAGGACUGCUAACUAAAUUCGGCUACUGUAAUAACCGUUGUUCGAGCCCACACGCAACAUUUUUGCUCUCAUUAAUGAAACGCUUAAAUCGGGGACAUUUUCGGGGACAGCUUUAGCCGAGGACAGAUCAUCCAAUACGGGGACUGUCCCCGGAAAUCGGGGACGUCUGGUCACCUUAUGCUAAAGGCUAAAAACGGCAGGUAUUAAACCAUAUAUUUUAGACCCCGAGUCCGAAGAGGAGGUGGAAGUUGAGGAAGAAGCCGGAGAUCUCCAGCGGUGUUUUCUCAUUCAUUCUGCCCGGCUUUAAGUUCAUUUUCCCGGCAGUGAACCGAAGGAAACACCGGUCGUUUGGAAGAGACCCAUAGCGGAUACAGCGGUAGCUGGGUCUCGCUCUGGCUGUGACUGAGUACGAGAACGAGAGAGUGGGCGCGGCUCACAGAGGACGCGCUCGUGAAUAAUAAUGAGCAAGGUCGGCGCAACGUAACAUAGACCUGCUUUUUCAAUCGGCCUGGUUUACUCGUUCCUUGAUUUUAAACCUUUGUAGAAUGCAAGCGACGUAACGGUUUGUUUUCACAUGUACAACAUAAGACGAACAUGAUAUGGACCUUAUAUGACACAAAAAAAACCCAAAAAUUACAUUUUUAUGGCAGGUCCCCUUUAAGAAUAAAACAUCUACCAGAGCAUUUUCCAAGUUAUUCAUUCCGUUGUUCUUAACUGCUCCAGAGACUUUACCGAUCCUCAGCGACUUUUGUCUGUGUUAAAAAUGACUGCCGUUGUGUUUGGCGACUCUGUUCUGUUACAUACAAAUAAACAAAUACAAUUAUGAUGUAGGCCAGAAAAAUGAGCUUCCCCUCCUUGAAAGACCAGCAGCCGCCACUGGACUCACCCCACCUAUAUGUUUGAGCUUUUACCCCCCUAUGAGCCAGGACACGGUCUGAGACCCUCUGUCAGUGCUCUGCUGGCUGUUCCAGGGUCCAGAUCUAAAACUGAAGGUAACAGGGCAUUUGCAGUCAGGGCACCUCUGGAUCAGACCUGCAGACUUCAGUCCCUUUUUUCUUUGAUUUUUACAGAAAACUUUUAUCCUUUAUUCUAACUCCCGUUUCUUUCAUCAGCUACUUUAACAGACCUGUAUUUUCAUAUAUAUUUAUUCACUGCUUGUAUGAUUAUUUACCUUUUUAAAUCUUUCUCUGUUUUUACGGCACACUGCACGCUCUUUGUUACCUGUAAUGAAAAGUGCUUUAUGAAACAGUAUUAUUGGUUAUUGAGAUUUGGGACCAUAUAAGAUUGAUUGACAAUAACAUUAAAGUAAUGUAGGAAUGUAGCUUAACAGGUAAAUAUUCUAAACGAACAAACAUACACCAUAAAAUUCAACAUUACUACCUGUUUGUGAUUAAAAUAUUAUUUUUUUCAAUCAUUAUUCAUAAAUCUAAUGUGAAUGUUGACUCUGACUAUUUUCAGAUGGCAGCCACAGCAGCAGAUCUAGUCUGUAAUGAACAGAAAUCCACACGUUGUACAAAGACGUAUCUGACGUCAUUGUGUGUUUUCCAACAUCCCUGCAGGACUUACAGGAGUUUGUGGAGGGCUCUGGAGACCACGGCUUCAUUGUCUUUACCUUGGGCUCAAUGGUGUCCAACAUGCCUGAAGAAACAGCCAAACAGUUCUUCGAGGCCUUUCGCCAACUGCCUCAGAGGGUAACAAUCAAAGAUUUGUUUACUUUUCUUAGAACAACUCGAGCAGUCCAGCCUGAUAUCAGUCUGUCCGCUCCUUUGUUUGUCUGGAACCCUCCCCUGAAUGACCCAAACUGUUCAACUCAUUAAUAGUUUCAACUACAACAAAAAAAAAAAAAAAAGAGAGAGAAGACUAAGAGGUAUAUUUGUGUUUCAGGUUUUGUGGAGAUACACUGGAGCCCCGCCCAAGGAUCUACCCAAAAACGUCAAACUUAUGAAGUGGUUACCUCAGAAUGACCUCCUGGGUAGGUGAAGUUGUAACCAGACAGACGUGUGUAAAUCAUGCUGUUGAAGUCUAACUCAGACCUUUAAUAUGUUCCUGUGCUCCUCAGCUCAUCCCAAAGCCAAAGUCUUCAUCACUCACGGGGGAAGUCACGGUAUCUACGAGAGCAUCUAUAACGCUGUGCCCAUGUUGAUGUUUCCACUCUUUGGGGAUCAGGGUGACAACGUGCAUCACAUGGUGGCGCGGGGUGUCGCAGAGAGUCUCGCCAUUUAUGAUGUGACCACAGAAAAACUAGUGACUGCACUAAAUAAGAUCAUCAACAUAAAAAGGUAAAACAGCAGGACGCAGGACUUGGAUCUAAAAGAAAUGUAUGACGUCAAACUGAGCCUCUCUGGAUCGUCUUUCCUGGCAUGUUAAUAUAACCUGGUCUGAUGGACAGCUUCUAAGUCUGUAACCUCAUAUAACGGUGUAAAGCCCUACAUGAUGUUCUCCUGAGAGGAGGUGAAGGAAUCGGUAGAAGUAGCAUAACCCUUUCUUUUACGGUACACUUAUUACCAGGUAAUUAACAGGUAAUUACCUAGUAACAACAUGAAAUUAUCUGGUAACUACACGAUAACUACUAAGUCAAUACUGUUUUUCUGUUUUCUGUGCAGCUCCAUUUUCAAAAGCUUUUUGGGUUCUUAUUUCCUAUGAUUGACACUUGAUACAGCCUAUGGGCGUGCAAGGAUUGUGUAGCGAUACGCUGUUUGUGCCGAGCGUCAUCACAGCGACUCACCCGCCGAAUGCGUACAACGCUACUGCGCAAGUGGUGGUUCCAGAAAGCGGAGAAAAUCCUGGAAAUACCAGAGCAAUUCAGCUUCAAAUUUGUAUGAUGAUGGAAGGUUACCGACCUGGUAGUUAGACAGUAUUGACUUAAUAGUUAUCAUGUAAUUACCAGAUAAUUUCAUGUUGUUUCUAGGUAAUUACCUGUUAAUUACCUGGUAAUAAGUGCACCGUAAAAGAAAGGGUUACUGAAGUAGUUGACGACGUAUGAGUCCAAAUAAAAAAUAAAGUUCAUACUUCCACUCGGUUUUUGUAGCGAUCAUGUGACUGGUCACAUUUGCAGAAACCUCAGUUAGUUGUAUUUACAUUGAAAAUAACUUGAUUACAGACAGUACAGUACCUACAUUUGAUAUCUAUACUUUAAUUUUAACCACCAUCUUAAAAUGAUUAUUUUGUUAAUUUAAAGUUCAUAAAGUUGCUCAAUAUAUUUUCUUUUUCCCUUUUUUUUUCAGUUACAAAGAGAACAUGGUGAAGAUGUCGCAGGUCCACCUGGACCGUCCUGUUGAGCCUCUGGACCUGGCUGUUUUCUGGACAGAGUUUGUCAUGAGGCACAAAGGAGCGUCACACCUGAGGGUCGCUGCACAUGAACUGAACUGGAUUCAGUACCACUGUCUGGACGUCAUCGGCUUCUUCAUCGUCAUUCUCCUGACUGUGGUGUGGCUGAUGCUAAAAUGCUGCUCAGUCUGUUUUCAUAAGUGUUGCAAAAAGGAAAAAGCAAAGAUGAAGAAAAAGUAGAGUUUGUACUUCAACACGCCCAGACUGCAGCGGCUCCACAGAGUGGUUCAAGAUGGUGGUUAAAACGUGUCUUCAUGUACAUUAUGCCUGUGUAUUUAAAAGCAGAACUAACGUGCUCCGACCACUUCAUCUUCAAAUCUUCAACGUUGUCUCAGAUGAUGCUAAUCUUCUGGACUUUUUACCAAAUUAAAAAGCCUGUAAUCUAAAUGUCAUUUUCACAGCUUUAAUGAAACUUCAAUGUCUCAUUUUAUUGUCAGAUUUCUGUUUGAUUUCGAGUUUUAGCGGAAAGGUUAAUGAGCUCGAUCAUGGCGUCUAACUGAUCGGAGGGGAUGACAUUUCCAGUCGUCUUUGUAUUGAUGUGGAAUUUUAUUUUUAUUCAAGUUUUUUUUUUAUGUUGUCAGUUUCUGUCGUCUGUCGGACAGGACUUUGACCCUGUGAAAGUGAUUUUUAUUGACAAAAAUCUCCUCCUGUUGUCUUCUAACCGUGAAAGGUAACACUCUGAAUAUUUAUGAAUGAGUGACCACAGUGUUUCUUUAGUGUACCUUCACCCCCUCACAGCAGGUACAGACAUGAAACAUUCCUCACUUGUUUGAGAACAUCAUAGAGAUGCAUGUGUGCACUGAAAGCCCUUCAGUUAUGAUGAAGUCAUUUUCCGAAUCAGAAAUGCUGCUUGAGAACAAAAUGGUUUUAAGAUUGAAUCACUGAAACACAAUAAUGAGAGGAUGUCUGCAGGAGGUCAGUGUUACACAAACAUCUGAUGCUUUUAGUUGUUGGAUUAAAGCUCCUCUACUUCAUACAGUGAUCAUAAUUCAUCAUAUCAUUUUAAGAUUUUCUGACAAACAGGUGAACUUUGUUUUAAAGCGACACACUGCUACAAAAAGAUAUCCCUCCAUUUUUCUAUUGCUCUAUUUUUUCAAUAAAGCAGGUAUCAAAAAGAGUUAUCUUUGAUGCUCCAUCUUUUUUUUAACUCUCCAAGCUGAUAAUGAGCGAAGAAUGGACAAACGGACAGUUAUAGUGUAAAAAAGACAUGUGCUUUUAAAAUAAAUAAUGUUUCUGUUGAAUGUCUUCAGAGUAAUAAUGUUCACUUUGUUAAACACAAAUAUGUGGAAGUUCCAUCCAUUUUCUUGUUCUUUGUAAUCCUUGUUCAUUUAAAAUAAGUCUUAUCCUUUUGACACAGAAAGUGAAUAAAUCCUUUUUAUAGGUGGCCAAA